UCUAGGUUGGCUGGUGGUUAUUAUUAAUUUCUUUUUUCUUCUAGUAAGUGCUGUCGCUUUCACUCCUCACUUGUACCAGAAUUGUUCACUGGUUUUUUUUUUUUUGGCUCUCAUUUCUUUUACUUCCCCUUCACAUGUUUGUGUGUGUUUUUUUUAAAAAUUAUUUAUAGCAGUCGUGCUGCUCUCGCUCUCCUUUUUUUAUUUUCUCUCACUAGCUUUCUCUCUCUAGAGCUAGGUGCAAAGCGUACUUGGGCAUGGAGAUCCAAAAGGGGUUUUCCAUCCGAGAGUAUGCUUCGACGAUGAGAAGUGUAGACGUGGCCAAUUCCUGGCCGUUCGAUGAGGCCGCCGGCGAAGAAACUGUGAAAUCGCUGCUCCCUCCGAUCAAUGUCAAGAAAUUCACCUGGUGGCUGGAUCAGCUGGCCGAAUCGGCUACUACUAACAACAUCAACGUUGUGGGCAUGUCUGAAAACAAGAAGAAAACGAAGGCGGCGCCGCCCAAGAAGAGGUCGAUUGUUGAGAUUUUUGCGGCGGCGCCGCCUGUUGAGAGAGCUGCCAGCGAGGCGGAGGAGGAGGAGGAAGAGGGUUUUGACGAAGAUGCCUCUUUCAUUAAGUGGGGCCCCAAAGGUAAGAGAAAUGACAAGAGAAAGAAGAUUAUUAGUAAGAAAUCCGAUGCAAAUGCAAUCUUCAAGAAAAUCAAGAAGCUGAAGCCAAAGCAUCGCGGCAUUUUAAGGAACCAUGCGAAACCGUUUUCGAAGAAAAAUAUCUCGCACGUGGGAGACAAGCACGUCACUUUCUCAGACAAGAACGACACCCGGAGUGGCAAACAGUCGUCUAAUUAUCACUCGGAAUGUUCCAAUAAGUUACUCCGACAAGAUUCAUCGACUGCAAUAAUCGAGGAUGUUUUGUCAAUGGGAGUAGAGAAGGAAGAAGUAGAUGCUGGAUUUACGACAUUUAUUAUGAAGCGAAAGUACGACGACGAGGAAAGUGUUAGCAGAUCUGAAUCUUCAGACAGAAGUACAUUACUUAGCAUGAAUCGAAACUUGUCUGAAAGUGGUCGUCUCGCAGAAGCGACACAUGAUUCGCUGAUGUAUGCUUGUCCGAAUAUCGACUCUACCUCAAGAGAUUUGAUACGGAAUCUUGAUCCCGUAAUAUUUCCUCCUCCUAUGAGUUUCAAGAGCAAUAACGAGUCCUUAGUGUCUCGACCUAAUCUCUCACACGCGAAUAAUAGUGCUUUCCGGUUUCAAACAUUGCCACGUCAGCACCCUUUCUGUGGGAAUAUUCAUGCAAAAACGGGCGUCAAUCGCUUGAAUAAUCAAGAUUUUGUGGGAUUGCCUCUCAAUUCACAAGGAGAGUUCAUCAGUUUCAACCCGUGUGCUAAUUCAAGUGUCGAUCUUUUUUCGGAGCGAAGAAGAUUGGAUUGUGGAACAUAUUCGACAAAUCGGUUGAAUCUAUUCCCUGACGAGAGCUAUGUGAUCAAACAGAAUCCCUCCAGAUUGGAUAUCACUAAAUCUCCAUGCGACGACAACGCAAAUUUCGGCUUCGAUUUUCUUAAAAUAAACGAGCAUGCCUUUCAAGAUUCAGACAACAACACGGUCAACAAGAGUCUCGGAAACGAGAAAAUCCAGUCAACCAUGCGUUUGAUGGGCAAAGAGUUCGCAGUCGGCGGCGGAAGGGACUUUCAAGAAUCUGAAAACGGGCAUAUUUGGAAGGAUAAGAAAAUCGUAAACGAGCAUCGUUUCGGGAAUAUCCCGGUCAGCAAUUUCAUGGCACAGGAUCAUAAAUUUAGAGAAACUUUGUUGUUCCGUCCAUCAGAAAAUACACACACGGGCGUUUUUGCUGCAAGAAAAAUCGACAGUGGUCAGAAGAUAUAUCCUCGUUCCGAAUAUUACAACAGGGAAUCUAAUUUGUUCUCUACACCAAAAGCUGCUCAGAAUCUGCCUCAACUAUCUCCAAUAUCAGCCAUUAGAUUUCCUUUCAUGCACCCAGAUAUCCAAGGAAACACCAAAUCUUAUUCGAGUCAGAGAUCUUCUUCAAACCGGGCCCCGUUUCGUUUCGAUGCUUCGAAAAACGUAAACCGUAAUUAUUCAUUCAGUCGUUUCCCCAAAUCUACUAAUAAUGUUCCGUUUAAGCCAAUAAAGAUGCCUACUUUUGGAUUCCGUAAUGCGGGUUCUUCUGCUAGAUUCGAAGGUAGUGUUCGAAAUACCGGACGAGCGUACGAACCGCGUGCUGCCACAAACAGAACAACAGAGUUUGAUAAUGCAGCAGUGGGCCCCAUCAAACUGACUGCAGGUUCAAAGCACAUACUCAAGGCCUGUCAGAAAAAAGACAAGCGGUUUAUAAGUUCAAGGUUUGCAGAUUCAGACAUCUCUCUUUCUGGAACAACCACCGAUUUCAGGUUUCCGUAAUCUCUGAAAAUAUUCGGCAAACCUACUUCGAACCUUUGUUGGUUUCUUCCACUGCUUAAAUAUGUUUCAGAUGAACUACUUUUUUCGAUCAACAAUAAUAUUUCCGUUUUCUUAA